CCUCGAAUCGCCCUCCACGCGGAUUCCCCACCCAGAAUGCAUUCUGACAACGUCUUUGAAAAAGCGGCGCGGCUAAUUCAAGAUGGCGGAGAUGGACCAGCUGUUAGACGAGAGUUCCUCAGCUGAGGCGCUCGUCAGUCUAAAAGAGGGCAGUUUGUCCAACACAUUAAAUGAAAAGAACAGCUUCACCAGAGCUCACAACACCAGGGGGCGACAUUCCUCCGUCACAAUGGACACGCCCACACGGAGUUCAAAGAGAAGCCGUUUGUUUCGGGAUGAAGAUGAGUCGCCCCAGCAGCGGAUCUCUUCCAGGUCUCCUCGGAGGAGCCAGAGGGUCAGCACUACACCACAGAAGUUUUCUAACAUCAUAACACCAGAUAAGAAGGCGUCGCAAAAAAUUGGGCUGAGAUUGAGAAACCUUCUAAAGCUACCCAAAGCUCACAAAUGGUGCAUUUAUGAAUGGUUUUAUUCCAACAUCGACAGACCUCUCUUUGAAGGUGACAAUGAAUUUUGCUUGUGCCUGAAGGAAACAUUUCCCAACCUGAAAACAAGAAAACUGACUCGAGUUGAGUGGGGAACCAUCAGGAGGCUGAUGGGCAAACCAAGACGGUGUUCGUCGGCCUUCUUUGCUGAAGAGCGAACGGCCCUGAGACAAAAGCGCCAGAAGAUGCGGCUUCUGCAGCAGAGAAAGUUGUCAGACGUGUCGACUUGCAAAGACCUCCCUGAUGAAAUCCCGUUACCGCUCAUCAUAGGAACGAAGGUCACGGCUCGUCUUCGAGGCGUCCACGACGGGCUCUUCACGGGGCAGAUCGACGCCGUCGACACCAGCGCUGCGACUUAUCGCGUCACCUUCGACCGCAGUGGCCUGGGAACUCACACCGUGCCUGAUUACGAAGUCCUGAGCAAUGAGCCCAACGAGACGAUGCCCAUCUCUGCCUUCGCACAGAAGCACCGGUCCACUCGCUACGUCCAGAACCUCAUGACUCCUCCUCGAGGGCCCUACCCGUCCGUUACCACUCCUGUUCAAAUGGACAGUGAUCCUCUUAUGAACGCUUCCCCAUGGAGGACCAAGCUGCCCAGUACCGAGGGAGAAACGCUGGGAGGAUUUCCUGUGAAAUUCCUGGUCCAAGUUACGAGGCUGUCGAAAAUCCUCAUGAUCAAGAAAGAGCACAUAAAGCACUUAAAAGAGAUGAACACAGAGGCAGAGAAACUGAAGUCGUACUCGAUGCCGAUUGACCUGGACUUCCAGAAGCGAUACGCCACCACUGUGCUGGAGCUGGAGCAGCUCAACAAAGAUCUGAACAAGGUGCUGCACGAAGUUCAGCAGUUCUGUUGCGAACUCUCUCCUGACCAGGGCAUGGUUCCGGCCGACCAUCCCACAGACCUGAGGCGGCGGUGCGAAGAAGAGGCCCAGCAGAUGGUGCAGCUGAGCAACACGCAGAGGGACGGCCAGCCGAGCGUGACCAACACCAGCCUCACACAGCUCAUCUCCCGCCUCACCGCGUUGCUCCUACAGAUAAAGUGUCUUGCAGACGGAGGAGAUCUGAAUUCGUUCGAGUUUAAGUCUCUAACGGACUCCCUGAACGACAUCAAAGCGUCGAUUGAUCCAUCCAACCUCAGUUGCUUUCAGAAUAACGUCGAAAUCCACGUGGCGCACAUCCAGAGUGGUCUCAGUCAGCUGGGCAACCUGCACGCGUUCGCUGCCAACAACACCAAUGCAGUCUGAGCGCGCGUCCCAGCAUCCUCCCUGCCGCACACGGGUGCACGGUCACCGUCCACGCCGUGGUGCGAGCCCAGGUUUGGACGAAGCUCGGCUCGGAUUCCCGAGGCUUUGAAUCGAAACGGAGGGAAGAUGUCGCUUAUUUUACCCGCUCGUUUUUAUUGUAUAAAAAUGUUUGUGCAAACCAACCGACACAAGCCUGAAACAGUCUUCUGUCUAUCACUAAUCCUUACCUUUUACCUGCCACGGUUCACAUCUCCAAACUCUUUAGGUGUUAUUUAUUGGUUUCCACGUGCCAAACAUUAAUUCUAACCGUUUUUAUAGUCUGUAUUUAUUUAUUUUUUUGCAUAGAUGUGUACGGUUGUGACACAAUAUUUGCUACGCCGUAACGUUUCCCCCCCCCGGUUGAGUGUUGUUCUGUCGCUCCACGACUGGCAAGCACAGGGAAAGCUAAAGAAUGUUUUAUAAAACCGAUUGUAGAUAAUUGUACAAUAUGUGAUUAUUAGGACUAUUGUCAACAUUUCUGCUGUAUGUUCAGAAAUGGCUUUUGUAAUUUUUUUUUUGUGUGCACUGAAAAAGAGAUUUUGGUAUUUUUAUAAAGGAGAGUUGUUGGGUUUCGAUGCCUUUUACUCCCUAAGAUCUUAGCAUUUUCACCUCAGGCUUGGCUGCUGCUGCAACCCCCCAAACCGCACCCAACA